AUGGUGAAAACUCAUGGAGCUUCCUCUAAGAAGACCCCUGCUUCUCAAUCCAGAAAGGUGCCCUCUCCAUCGCCUCCUCCAUCUGUGUCAAUGGCGCCUCCAUCUGUUAUAGCGCCAGCCACAUCUGUUGGGAAAACUUCCAAAUCCAAAGUGCGCAAGAAGGUGUUCUCCCUCUCUACUGAACACCCCAUGGUGUUUCCAGAUAUCACAGCUAAUAUUGUCGACGUUGCACCACCAUCUGAAGUGGUGGUGCCCUCUCGAGCCAAGAACCUAUCUCCUCUUCCGAUUGAAUCAUCUCUGACGGCUAGGGCAAAAUCAAAAUCUGUUUCAUCCUCUUCCAAAGCUGCUGCUGCUGCUGGGUUACUCAAGCUGCCCAUGAAGCCGAGCCAGUCCAAGAAAAAUUAUGUGGCUCCAAAAAGAAAAUUCGGGUUGGACUCGUCUUCUUUCCGCUUGACUGCUGCCAAUAAAAGAUUGAAGGCUCAUCCCCCUUCUCCGUCUUCCUCCGAAUCUGACCCUGAGGAAGCAAAAUCUAAGUCUGAAGCAAUCCAUGAUACCACCUUAUCUGAGGAAUCUGUUCUUGACAAUGCGGAAUCUGUUAUAUUAUUUUAUAAUGCUGAGUCUGAUGAGCCAGAACAAGAAGACAUUUUCUUCUUUGAACAAGAAGUCGAAUCUGACAUGGAGCCAGUUGCAACUCCUUUGUCAUCCAAGGCUAAAGGCAAGAGACCUAUUUCUGAUUCUACACCAUCUCCAAAACUUUCAGGUUCUUUGGUUAAAUUUACUGGUUUUGUGGAUAGAAUAGUCAAGGAAUUCUAUGCCAAUCUUACUAAUGAAAUUAUUGAACCUAAAUCUCCUCUGUAUUGUAAAGUGUUUGUUAGGGGCCAUUGGUUCUCUUUUUCUCCACAAGAUAUUGCCCAUGCUUUGCAUCUUCCUCUUGAUGUUGAGGAUGAUGAUGAUCCUGCCUCUCUUGACAAGGAUGCGGCUAUCACUGAAUUAGUAGGGCAAAAAAUGGUAUGUCCAUCUAAUACAGUCAUCUCGGUCACUAAUCUCACCUACACUUAUGUUGUUCUCCAUAAGUUUGCCACAACGAAUUGGAAACCAACUUCUCACACCGCAACUAUCUCCUUUGACAUGGCCUCUUUUUUGUACAAUGUGGGGACCGGAAUUGAUAUAAACUUGGCAAUAUAUCAAAUCAUUGGAUUUCAAAAAGAAGAUUUGGUGGCUCCCACUACUGCUGCUUCCUACAAGGCCUAUGCUCCACCUACUGAAGCCACUGAUGCUCCAUCAACCAGAAAGUCAAGCCCCAAUCUCUGA